AUGGCUAGUUCUAAAGAGCUUAUUGAAGAAAAUUGCUAUGUAGCAUUAACUCAUGAACAUCUUGACGCCAAAGUAAUGAUGGACAAAGUCCGCAGUCCCAAAGCCGGAGCCAUUGUUCUCUUCGCAGGAACAACCCGAGACAAUUUCGGAGGAAAGCCCGUAAAAGAGCUUCAGUAUACAUCAUACGAACCACGUGCUUUACAGAGCAUGCUCAGUAUCUGCAAGACGAUUCUCCACAAACACUCUUUGACUUCUAUUGCUAUGAUUCAUCGCUUGGGAGUGGUACCUAUUGGAGAAGAGAGCAUUUUGAUUACGGUAUCGUCGCCUCAUCGCCAGGCGGCUUGGAGGGCUGGUGAGGAAGCUCUGGAGGAAUGUAAGGAGAAAGUUGAGGUGUGGAAGAAAGAAGAAUUUGGUGGUGAGGAGGGUGGUAUUUGGAGGGCAAAUCGUGAUGGUGCUGUUGGUGAGCGGGUGGAUGAAGACGAGGAGAAGAAGAAGCCGGAUAUGGGACCUCAUGGUCCCAUAUUACGACCAAGUCGACCGGGAGAGCGUGGACAUGGACCGGUGGUAAGAAACCAUCAACUUGGUUCGUGA